AUGUCCAUGCGAAUAUCCUUCAUGUAUGUUCCUCUCAUUCCUUUUCAUUCAGUCAAACCUAAUAAUAUUCUUCCCUCCUAAUUAAUUUCCCUGCUUCCUCACCUCUCUUUUCUUUUCCUUUCUUCCAAUCCCUGCAACUCACUCAUAUUUUAUCUGUUUAGGACUUGCAAACUCUCUAUGUAAAUACCGAAAUUAUGGCUUAAAGUUGCAUGUUCACUCCCCUGAUGCCAAUUUAAGUAGGAGCUGAAUUUGUGAAGGCGUUGAGUUUUUCUUCAGCUCAUUAAUUUCCGUUAGGACAAUAAUGGGGUCGGUUUGCUCAGCUGGUAAGGCAGAGAUAAAUAAAAAUGGAGGGAAGACCUUGGGGUGUGGGGGAAAGCUUGAGAAAUUGAAGAGCUUUGUUAAGAAGAGCGGAGGUUGUUAUUCAAAUUCAAAGACUAGUGAUCGUGGUAAAAUGGAGAAGAAGCGCAACUCUACAUUUUCAGGUGAAUUCAAGAUAUCCAAUCCAAGUGAAAUGGGGAGAAAACAGGUCUCUCAAAGAAGCUCCUUUCUAGGGCGAGCUGGUGAGAGGGCAGUCGAAGUCCUGGACACACUUGGAAGUAGCAUGCCUAAGUUAAACACCAGCAAUGGGUUUAGCUCUAGCAUGGUGGCUCCUAGAGGGAAUAAAAUAUCAAUAUUGGCAUUUGAAGUAGCUAAUACAAUAAGCAGGGGAGAAAUUCUGUUUCAAUCAUUGUCUGAAGAAGACAUUCAGUCCCUUGAAAAGGAAAUUGAAGAAUCAGAAGGGGUGCAAAACCUAGUAUCUACUGAUAAAAAGGAGUUAAUCAGUUUUCUUGAGGCUGACAAAAGGAAAGAAUUCAAUUCUUUCUCCCGUGAAGUAGCUAGAUUUGGAAAUUCAUGUAAAGACCCUCAGUGGCAUCACCUAGAUCGAUAUUUCUCCAGGUUAGAUUUAGAUGUCUUGACCAACACACAACCUAGGGUAGAGGUAGAGAAGACAAUGCAGGAGUUGACGGCUCUAGCUCACGAUACUGCUGAAUUAUACCAAGAGUUGAGUGCUUUAGAACGUUUUGAACAAGAUUAUCAACAGAAAGUUAAGGAAAUGGAGUCUUUAAAUCUUCCCCUCAAUGGGGAAAGCCUUACAGCUUUUCGGAGUGAGCUAAAGCAUCAAAGAAAACUUGUGAGGAGCUUGAAAAAGAAAUCCCUUUGGUCCAGAGAUUUGGAGGAGAUAGUUGAAAAGCUAGUUGAUAUUGUUAUCCAUAUACAUCAAGCAAUUUUGGAGUAUCUUGGAAAUUAUGCAGGUACAACCAGUAUCCAGCAUAGUGAGGGUUCUCAAAGGCUUGGUGUAGCUGGUCUUGCACUGCACUAUGCUAAUAUUAUCAAUCAGAUAAAUAUAAUUGCAUCUCGACCAAGUGUUCUUCCUCCAAACGUAAGGGACACAUUGUAUCAUGGGUUGCCCAUUAGUAUUAAAAAUGUUCUUCCUUCACGGUUACAAAAUGAUGAUUACACAAAAGAGCUUUCCAUUGCUCAGGUCAAAGCUGAAAUGGAUAAGAUUCUCCAGUGGCUUACUCCAUUUGCCACAAAUACGACCAAAGCACAUCAAGGUUUUGGAUGGGUUGGAGAAUGGGCAAAUACAAGCAAUGUGUUUGGCCAAAAGACCGCCAAAGAAAGUAACUUGAUUCGCCUCCAGACACUUGAAUACGCGGAUAAGCAGAAGAUAGAUUUUUACAUCUUGGAAUUGUUGGCUCGGCUUCACCAUUUGGUUACCUUUGUGAGAUACAGACAUAACAAUAAUAAUAGUCAUGUUGGCACAAAGACAAUGCCUAAACGAAUUACUUCUUCUCCAAAGGGACUUCAUCUUCAGUCAAAGAUGUUGCAGUUUAUAUCCUUGGACCGUGUCAGCACUCAACUUUCUGAAGAGGAUAGGAGGUUGUUAGAGAAAGUAGCUAAGAGGAAAUGGACUCCAGGGGUUAGCAAAAGUGAGAAUCUUGCAGGGAUCAAGAAAACAGAAGCCACAGUUUGGCAUUUCAGCAACAGUGUUGGGAGUUCACCCGUUAAGAGGCUUUUAGCUAUGCAACCUCAAAGGUAUGACGUUUUGGAUGUCAUGGAUGGACUAUAAUCGGCCAAUUUGUAUCUCCCAAUAUUGGACAAUUCAAAUUAAGGGCAGGUUUUGGUAUAGCAACGAUAAUAUAUACACACCAAAUAACUUAAUGACUUCAAUUUAUAGGAACCAAAAGGUUAUCUUACACAAUAUCAUUCGAUGUGAGACUGGGACUAAUAUACACAAAAAGUUCAAGUUUUCUGACACAAUAAUAUCAUAUGAUGUGGGACUGAGUCGCAGACUCAUUCAUGUGUUCUUUCUCCUCAAUUCCCUUAUGCUCACCAAUUCAAUUUCUCA